AUGGAUAAGUGGGUGGCACACGCAGACUUGCAGGCUGGGCAUGCGGAAGAGUGGAAGAGCGUUGUGGGGUGUACGGGUGUGUUGGAGAUGGGGCUGGGAUUUAGAAUAUUCUUGUUGCGGGAGCUGUGUUUGAAGUUGAGGAGGGGAAUCGGAGAAGAAGCCUGGUAGACUAUGCGCUGAUAAUUGCGGGUAGGUGUAAAGCUCGGGCUCCAGUUCCUUGCCCUUCUCCUCC